GGCCCCGGCACUGGGACUGGCUCCGGAACUGGCGCAUCUGGGACCAUUUCUGUGACUAUUUCCCCAUCACGGUUGUCCGGGAGUGUCCCCUGUCCCCAGGCCGUUCCUAUGUGUUUCCCGCUCACCCUCACGGCAUUUCCUGCAUUGGAAUUUUCGGCGCUUUCGUCACCGGGGGCCGGGGGGCGGCCGGGACCCCCAAAGCUGGGGGGGAAUCGGGGCCGUGCCCGGGACUGCGGCCCAGCCUGGCCGCGCUCGAGGGGCUCUUCCGGCUGCCCCUGUACCGGGAAUACGCCAUGGCCGCCGGGCUGUGCCCGGUCAGCCAGCGCUGUCUGGACGCCGUUCUGGCCAAGGAGUCGCAGGCGCUGCUCAUCAUGGUGGGGGGCGCGGCCGAGGCGCUCGAGGGGACCCCGGGAUGUCACCGAGUGACCCUGGGCCAGCGGAGGGGCUUCGUGCGCCUGGCCCUGAGACACGGGUGUCCCCUGGUGCCCGUGUACGUUUUUGGGGAGCAGGACGCGUUCCGGCAGCCCCCCCUGGCCGAGGGCUCGCGGCUGCGGCGCCUCCAGAGGCGCCUCAAGGCGAUUUUGGG